AUUAUAGCUACUUAUUAUAGCUAGGAAGAGAACCCUUAAUUUGACUUAUAUUGUGGUGGUGGUAGUGGUUUUUGAGAAGCUAGCUGCAAUAAUUAAAGAUAUAUACAUGGAUGUAGCCGUGGACAAGCGACGGCCGGAGAUGGAUACCGACAUGGAAGACACGAUGGAUGCCGGGUUGAAACCAAGGACUCGACAUCAAUACUCUGAUGUUGUUGUCCCGGAUGUGCCAAAAGUUGAAAAUGGCGACGGAAAGGGAAAACUAACCGAAAAUAGCACUUACUUGGACAUACAAGGAGCGUUUGAAGAUCUUGAUAUGCAUAAGAUUCUAAACGUUGUUCAUCAAAACAACGCGAAAGAGAAAGAGGAAAGAGAGAUCGUGAAUGCUAGUAGCAAUAAAGAAGGAAGUACGAGUACUAAAAGCACACCACAGCAAGUGAUCCAAGAAGAAGAUCAGUUUGAGGAGGAAGAAGUUGAGCUAGAAUUCGUCAAGGGGAUGCCUAAACUUGACACGGAUACUACUGCGCAUUGCCCUAAUUGUAAGCAUCAAAUCACCAAAGUGAUUCUUCGUCGAAAAAUCAAGAGGCCCCCGGCUCAAGUCACUAUACCACACAAGCCACUCGAUCUACUUGGAUGCUUUUCUUGCUUCAGUGUGUUCUUUCCCUCGGAUAAUGGACGCUUCAAUCCUUUUCCAAUAUUUGGGAACAAACCAGAUGAUUCGAUUCCACCUAUCUCUCGUGAAGAUGGGAGCUGUUUCAGUAUCUUUCGGGUUUUCCGAAAAGAAAAAGACAUUGAAAAGGUUGACCGUGGUCAUGAACAACCAGAAUCACAUAACUUAGAUUCAAGUUUUGAACAAGUGAAACCAGCAGGAAAUAUUGGUCGCCCACCUCCUUCUACUGUUGGAGAUAAUAUCAAAUAUACUACAGGCAAACCUCCUAUAUCAGGAACGAAUUUAGGAGGAACAUAUAAUCAGAAAGAUCAACUACCAACUAGUCAUCCGGGACCGGGAGAACAACCAGGAAAAGAUGAAACAAGUAUCGAUAUGCCGCCACAAACAUCCAAUGAAGUACCAAGUCAACCACAAACGGCAGUUGGACAAGAUUCUACAUCUUUUGAGAUCUUGAAGAGUGUUGUGUAUGGAGGCUUAAUGGAAGUGAUUGCAAGUUUAAGUGUCGUUGCGUCUGCCGCUGCUGGUGAUGCCAGUACACUGAGCAUCAUAGCCCUGGCGGUGGCGAAUCUAAUUGGCGGGGUUAUUGUUGUUUGCCACAAUCUAUGGGACUUAAGAGACGACUGCUUUAAAUACUCUAGCCAACAAACAAGCGACCAAGAAGCUCGUAACAAGUACAAAGAGUUACUAGGGCGAGUCGAGCACUUUCCAAUGCACUUGUUCUUUGCAAUACUAUCUUUCCUUGUGUUUGGUAUCAUCCCUCCUUUGGCCUAUGGAUACGCAUUUCAUGAAACCAGCGAUAAGGACUUUACCAUAGCAGUGGUUGCAAUUGCAUCUCUUGUAGGCGUCGCUUUGCUAGCGAUAUUCAAGGCUUAUAUUGAUAGGUGUGACGGGUUCGCAGGGUAUUUUAAGACUAUCACCUACUACUUGACUACAGCAGUUGCAGUCUCGGGUGUUUCUUAUGUUGCUGGGAAUCUGGCAAUGAGGCUGAUCGAGAAGCUUGGAUUGUUUGAGACUGCAUCUGGAGUAGCUAUGUCAUUCCUCCCUGAAGUUGUCUCCGCAAACCCAUCUUUGGCGUACUACUGAUGCUUUGUUUACUUUUCCAAGUUUGUUUUGCUGUUAAGGGUAGCUUUAUGUCCCACCUGUAUCACUGUAUGUGUUGUAUGUUAAAAAGUCUUUCAAAUAAAAAACUUGUAUGUUGCUUUGAUAUUCA